AAAGAGAUUAUUAUUAUUAUGGAGGGGAAGGUUAUUGGAGAUCUGACUGAGUCUUCAUUGAAGAUAGUCUCUGUUCUUGACAAAGGUAUCUACGGCUCUGUGUCCAACAACAAGAAUGAUUCAAACUUGGAGAAAUCUUACAUGAAGAAGACAAGUACGCUCAAACAUUCCGACAAUCUCGAGAGGGAGCUUAAGGCCAUGCUUCACUUCCACACCAAUCCCUUCAUCGUCCAAGCUUCGUGCCCUCAUCUUCACUUCGAGUGUAACACCAAAAGCGCGACUUUGUGUUACAUCUACAUGGAGUAUGCGUCCUUAGGCAAUCUCGACAAGAUGAUCUCUGAUGCCGGAGGGAGAUUGCCUGAAUAUAGUGUCAGACGUGCCACUCGUAUGAUCCUACAAGGACUCAAGGCUCUUCACUCGGAAGGUUACGUUCAUUGCGACCUCAAACCCUCCAAUGUGUUUGUCUUCCCUUCCAACACUCCUGGAGAGCCAUGGGAUCUCAAGCUUACUGGUUUAGGCUUAUCCAAAGGCAAAGAGCCUACUAUGGACUCUAGCCUAUCGUUUCCUGGAACCCUCGAGUACAUGCCGCCUGAGGCCACCGCUGAACGGUAUAGGUUUUCUGGGCCGGACUUAUUGGUCGGACCGGCCCGUGAUAUAUGGUCGCUAGGGCGUACGGUUCUUAAGAUGUUUGGGGGUGUCCCUCAUGAGAUGGGAAACUGUAUCGCGUGGAGAAUAGAAGGGUAUCUCUCUCCAGCUGCACAAGACUUCUGGAGGCAGUGCCGUACGUGGCGACCUACAGAUAGGCCCACCGUGGAUAAGCUCUUGGACCAUCCUUUUGUUGCUGAAAAACUUUCAUCCUUUCUUGAGGUUCCUUUCUUUCAUAGAAAAGGAUAUUAUAAGAUGUGUGAAGGAUUCAAUCCAAAACCUGGAGACAUUAACUGGCUCUUCUGA